CCGAAUAAGUACUUCUUCAUUUAAUGAUCCACGUUUGAACACUUUGAAAGAAAUAAAACAAUGGUUCAUUCAAGGCAAUAAACAAAAAAAAGACUCAAGUCAAUGGUUUUCCGCACAAUGCCAAUUCGAUUUAAUUUUAUUUAUUAAUGGAUUUCUUGGAAUCGUAAAGUAUAUUCUUAAUAAUUACCCAGGUGCUGUAAUUCAACCAAAAAGAGUCUCUCAGGAUAUACUUGAGGGCUUAUUUGGAACAAUUAGAGAAAUGGGUG